UGUUUUUUGUUUGGUAAAACUAUAAGAUUUCCCAAAUUUGUAGAAAAAUUCUUCCAAAUUCUUGUACAUGAAAGAGGUAGCGUCAUGGAAUUGCAGAAAAUGUUUAGAAUUGCGGAGCUGGUCAUCUGUAUCGCGCUCUUAGUCCUUUGGUAUGUGCUGAGCACGUACGCGACGCGAGUUAUGAUCGUGUGUGGUACAAUUUUCGGUUUCACCAUAAUAACGGCUGUGCUGGUGGCGCUUUCGUUCCUAUCGUUCAAUGAUGUGGCAGUCUAUCUCAUUCUUGGCGCUUUUUUAUUUCUCAUCUGUGGAGGUUUGUCGUUGGCCACAUUGCCAAAUGAUACUGAUGGAAAAUUGGCCUAUUUUAUAGCAACUGGCUUUUUUAUCGCUAAUGGUGUCUUAUUUUUAAUCGAUUUUGUUCUCGAAACGAAAAACAAGGAAGUUAUAUUAAAUUAAUCAUCAAAGCAAUUUGUGAACACUAUGUUACCUGAUCAAGUCAUUUUAAAAUUGACCUGGAAUACUGAAAAAAACCUACAU